AUGCAGGCGCCCAAGCGGCGGGACCAUGCGCCGUACCUGGACGUCAUGACCGUGCAGUCGCGCCGGUACAUAGCGCAGGGCGACUCGGCGUUCGCGGACCACACCAAGCUCCUCGUGGAGCCGAUUCACGUCCCGGACCUCAACCACACAGGCAUCACUCGGGCGGUGGAGGGUGCGCCGACGCUCUUUUACCCAUCGGGCGCCAAGAAUGUGCAUUUUCGCCAAGUCAUUCAGGCGUCUUUGGCGCACGGCAACGAGCUCGAGUCGCCGUUGGGCGGGCGGGCGGCGUCCACAGGCGCGCUGCCGUCGGUCGUGCAGCCGCAACGACCCACGCUGCGCCACGCCAUGUCACUGACCCUGUCGGUGAAAGUGCCCGGCGGCAAUAGCAGCGACCACUUGUACGUGCGCCGAGAUAAGAAGACGGCGCAGCAUUACAAGGCCAAGGACGUCAAGACCCGCGAUAUCCUCGCGACCGUGCGCAUGAACACGACUAAGAUCACCAACCUCGUCAACCCCCACGCCACGUGA